AUGCCUGAGGUUAGAAUCAUUGCCAAGAAUUUCAUGGACAUGGUGGCUUCAAUGCCUGCCAUGAAGCUUGAUAAACUCUACGAGAAUGGAUUCAUCUGCGAAGCUAUUCUCAGGUCACUUCCGCCUCUUGCGAAGAAAUAUGUCUUACAGCUACUGCAUAUUGAUCAACCAGUGUUAGCUAGAUUAUUUGCAGAAUGGGUGCUUCCUGAUGGACUUUCAAAGCACAAAGUUGCUAUUGAUAGAUUGCUUCAAUUGAGACUUUUUGUUGAAGCUCUUGAUAGCAGGAAGAACGAAAAAACUUACAAAGUUAAUCCAACAUACCAGAGAAGUCUCCAGCAACUUUUAGUACAUGGUGGAACUUUGCCGAGGGAAUCAAUGCCUUCUAAUAUUACUGUGAGGCUCCCGACCUUAGAGGAUCUUGAGACUUAUGCUCUGGAACAGUGGGAGUGUUUCUUGUUGCAACUUAUAAGCCCAAGUCAUGCUGACAAGACCUUAAACAUAAGCUCUUCUUUGAUGAAAGUUUUCCAGCGGCGUCUCCUGAGUCAGAGAGACAGAGAAGCUCCAAAAUUAACUGAAAGUGGUUUCCAGUUUUUGCUUAUGGAUACAAAUGCACAGCUUUGGUACAUCAUCAGAGAAUAUAUCUCUAAUUCUGAGGAGAGAGGUGUUGAUGCAGGUGACUUGAUCUCAUUCAUGCUUGAGCUUAGUUUUCAUGCCAUUGGGGAGGCAUACAAUAUAAACACACUGACUGAUUUCCAGAGGAACAUAAUUAAGGACCUAGCAGACCUUGGGCUGGUCAAACUUCAACAGGGCAGGAAAGAAAGUUGGUUUAUACCAACUAAAUUGGCAACCAAUCUUUCAGUGAGCUUUACCGAAUCAUCAUCAAGAAAAGAGGGAUUCGUUGUUGUGGAAACAAAUUUUAGAGUUUAUGCUUAUUCGACUUCAAAGUUACAUUGUGAGAUAUUGCGGCUAUUCUCAAGGGUAGAGUAUCAGCUUCCAAAUCUUAUUGUUGGAGCAAUUACAAAAGAAACUUUGUAUAACGCUUUUGACAAUGGUAUUACAGCAGACCAGAUAGUCAGUUUCCUUCGGCAGAAUGCCCAUCCUCGUGUUGCACAAAGGAUACCAGCUGUGCCGGACAAUGUCACUGAUCAGAUUAGACUGUGGGAAUCAGAUAUAAACAGAGUUGAGAUGACAGAAGCAUAUUAUUACGACGAGUUCCCAUCAAGGGAUGUAUUUGAAGGUGCGUGUGACUGCGCCAGAGAAUGGAAUGGUUUAUUAUGGGAAGAUUCAAAGAAGAUGCAUUUGGUGGUUAAGUCUGAGGUUCAUUCAUACGUGCGGGAUUUUUUACGCCGCCAAAAGUAA